UUUCGUUCUACUAGUGAGUGGCGCACAACUCCGAGCUAUCGCUAGCAUCCGUCCGGCAUUUUUCCUGAUUUUUUGGUUUCAGUUACAUUCUGCAUUCCUUCACUAGUGGUAGUAAAACAGCGUAAGGAACGUUCCCGAGGGAUUUGGUGUGUGUGUGUGUGUGUGUGUGUGUGUUUGUGGUGUGACAUUUUUCAGCUGUCCAAACAGGAGAAAAUAUUUCCUCCGUAUGCUGUUUUUUCGCUGAGAGCUACUAAUUGCAGUGGAAAAAUUAAAGAUCCGGAGCUGGUGAGGUGCGAAAGUGUCUGCCUAGCGGUGGUGUAAGCAUUUAAUCAUCAAAUCAACGCUAGGACAUUACGGCAGAAGAUGGAUUUUGACGAGUACCGCAGACGAGGCAAGGAGAUGGUAGACUACAUUGCGGACUAUCUGCAGAACAUACGGGAGCGGCGUGUGCUACCGGACGUACAGCCAGGGUAUAUGCGAAGCCUCAUACCCGAGUCGGCCCCGCUCGAGGGUGAGCGCUGGGAGAACAUCUUCGCCGACAUCGAGCGCGUCAUCAUGCCGGGCGUAACCCACUGGCAGAGUCCACACAUGCAUGCCUACUUUCCGGCGCUAAACUCGUUCCCUUCGCUGCUGGGCGAUAUGCUGGCCGACGCCAUCAACUGCCUCGGAUUUACUUGGGCAUCUUCGCCGGCCUGUACCGAGCUGGAAUCGAUUGUGAUGAAUUGGCUCGGCAAGAUGAUUGGGCUACCGGACACGUUUCUGCAUCUACCGGGCGUCAGUAUGGGCGGAGGCGUGAUUCAAACCACCGCCAGUGAGGCAACGCUCGUGUGCCUGUUGGCAGGACGGACGAUGGCCAUUAGACGCUUUCACGAGCAUACGCCGGGGUUGCAGGAUGCGGAGAUAAACGCUCGGCUGGUGGCGUACUGCUCCGACCAGGCACACUCCAGCGUGGAGAAGGCGGCCCUAAUCGGCUUAGUCCGGAUGCGAUUCAUCGAGUCGGACGAUCAACUCAGCCUCCGCGGGGACGCUUUGCGUGAUGCAAUCGAGGAGGACAUCAAGCAAGGCCUGAUACCGUUCUGGGUUUGUGCCACCCUCGGUACAACUGGAGCCUGCGCCUUUGACCAUCUGGCCGAGAUCGGAGACGUUUGCACGAGCUACAACAUCUGGCUGCACGUGGACGCUGCCUACGCCGGCAGUGCGUUUAUCUGUCCGGAGUUUCGGGUGUGGCUGAAGGGCAUCGAGAAAGCGGACUCCAUCGCGUUCAAUCCCUCCAAGUGGUUGAUGGUGCACUUUGACUGCACGGCGAUGUGGGUCAAGAACAGUGGUGCCCUGCAUCGAACCUUUAACGUGGCCCCGCUGUACCUUCAGCACGAAAACUCGGGUCUUGCCAUCGAUUAUAUGCAUUGGCAGAUACCGCUUAGUAAGCGCUUCCGGGCGUUGAAGCUAUGGUUUGUGCUGCGCAGCUUUGGAACACGGGGACUUCAGAAGCACAUACGCGAAGGUGUUCGGUUGGCGCAAAAGUUUGAAGCUCUCGUACUGGCGGACCAUCGGUUCGAGAUUCCGGCCACGCGUCAUCUCGGCAUGGUGGUGUUCCGGAUCAGGGGCGAGAACGAGCUGACCGAGAAGCUGCUGAAGCGGCUUAACCAUCGUGGCCAUCUGCACGCUGUUCCUGCAUCGCUAAAGGGUCGGUACGUUAUUCGGUUUACCGUCACGUCUACGUACACGUCGAACGACGAUAUCCUGGCCGAUUGGAACGAAAUCCGUACGGUGACGACGGAUCUGCUGAAUGAGCUGAACGUGCAGAUGGUCGACCGGACACGUGUGCCACUGAAGGAUACGCGCGAAAAGAACGAAGCGUUCGGUUCGAGCCUUCUGCUCGCCAACUCGCCGAUGUCGCCGAAGAUCGUGAACGGCUCGUUUGCGGCCAUCUUCGAUGCGGACGAGUUUCUGGCCAAGGUGUACGCCGGCAUACGCAUCUCGAACCAGGACUCACCGGCCAUGAGGCGUCGCGUCCGAGGCAUCCUUAUGUCGGGCAAACAGUUUUCGCUCGAUUCGCGCAUGGAUCUGGUGGUGCACGGCAUUGGUCCGGGCGAGGUGCGCAACGGCAUCGAAUCGAAGGCCAUUAACGAAGACUUAGAGGAGGUCUGGGAAGCUUGUGAGCAGAUGGAGCUUUCGGACCAAGAGAACGCACCAGACGACCGCACAUCCCAUCAUCAACGCCAUCGUUCCCCUUCUCCACAGCCACCGUCGAAGUCGGCACCACACUUUAUCGAACCGCUCCCGAUACUGCCUGUAGCAGGACCGUGCCGGGGACGGUCGCAAAGUGUGGACACCGGCAUUAUUCGUGCCCGUGCUAGUAACGCACCUAACGCCAGCUGGUUGCUGGAGCGCGAGGAAGCCCUCACCCGUUCUGAACCGUGCUACUCGACCGAUUCCCUCACCAGCCAACCCUCGCUUUCAUCCCCCAUUCCGCUUUUACCACCCACGCCACCACCCAUCGGUCCCACCCCUAAGAUCUCCUGUGAGUCACACCUGGACAGUAUCGACGAGAACCGACCUACGGAGAACUUUCCGCGCAGCAAGCGACGCUGCUCGGACAACUCACAUCUCUUCUCCCUAACCCGCCCGAACGUGUACCCAGAAAAGCGUCAGUCGGAACCCGCGAUUCGGUGCGCAUUCUACAAUCGUGGCUUCGACAUGCUCUGUCCACCGCGUCCUCCACCGCCGAAGCGUGUACUAUCACAGAACGAUCUGCCCCGGACACGUCAGCUCCGGCGACAGGUUUCCACCGUAUCGGAGUUAAAUCUCGGCGAUCCGGAGGAGGAUUGGAGGCGGGCAAGGUUGCUGGUGCCACCGUUUCGCUACUGCAUUGCGGACGAGUCGGGACACUGUAUCGAUUUCGACACGGUACUGCCCUGUCCGGUUGCGUCGAUCGAUGAUGAAGCGAUACUGCGUGACGCGCUGCGGUUUGAGGAGAACUUCGUGGAACGUUGCGAGCAGAUCUGUCCCGAGCCGGACUCACUGUGUCUCGAGACCAUCGAGGAACGUGUGCUGGAUGAGCUGGCAUCGACAAGUAGACUUGGGGCUGAUGAUGGGACGACGCCGAAGGAAGGCAGUGAGGAAGUCAUCUACGAAAACGUGAAACAUUGUCGGAAGUGUGGCCAUCAAAGGAUUAAAUUAUAAUAUCGACGGUGGAGAGUAUUUGUCGCUGGACGGAGGAGUAUAGGGUGGGAUGUACGUUACUUGGUUGAGAGACUGCUUCAUCAACACAAUUACCAAAGUCUAUAUAACGGUCGGUAGCAUUGUUUUCGGUGUUAUUAACGUGUGCCAAAGGAUAUAUUAUUUAAACCAAAUUAGAGACGUCUUUUAAUCGUUAUGUUUCCUGGAUGAUGAAGUAUUAAGAGUUCUGCAUGAUAUUGCUCUAUGCACGAGAUAAGUUUCAUCAAAGCACUUUAAGAAGUAUAAAUGUUGUUGACAGACAUUACCAAACCAAUGAAAACAACCUUGUCUGUUGAGUAUAACAUCACUAGAUGUUUAAGCUGUACCCUUGUAGAAUUGUUGACACAUAUUGCAACCUACUGUUCCUCUGAGUGAAUUUGAGUUGUUCCCUUCGCAAACGGCAUGGUAUCUAGAUGAUAAGACCUGUUCUAAACAACGCAUACAGCUAAUGCAAUCGUUACUCGUAUAUCAAAUAUCCACCAACAAGCAUCUCAAUGUCUAAACAUGUUACUGAACAAAGUUUCACGUCAAUCGUAGCAUAGGAAGCUGAUCAAAAGCUUACGCUGCAUCACAAAUAUGGCUUUGUGCUGAGCCAGACCCAGUCUGCACCAGUAGCUAAUAUCCCUCGAAUCUGCUGUGAAUGUCAAUAAAGCAAAACUACCAAUAUACAAUGCUUCGCUAUAGUUACCAACCGUAACCGAGCUAAAGCAUGCAUCUAUCGGCAAACUAACCGUUAAGCUUACACCGGCCCCGAACCCGCAGGAAGUUAGAUUGUAGCAGAGUGAGCAAUGUACGUACUAAAUAAUCAGUAAUUAUCACCACAUGGACUACACACAAUAAAUACAUCAACUAUUAAGCGUAGCGCAAUGUAGACCAA